AUGAAUUAUAGUAUCUCAGCCAGGUUCGAGAACGAAGGAACUCUUUACAAAUACCGCAAAGGAGCAGCUACAAAAAUAAGGGAGCUCGAUAAGCACACUCGGAACAAGAUCAUGGGCCAUGCCCGAGGGCAAACAUUUGCCCACUAUAUCUCAAAUCUAGUGACGGAUAAUACUCAAUCUUUAUUUAUAGAGACGCCGACUAGAAACUCCCUACUUGGUCUUUCGACUCAUGCAAGUAUAACACGGGACCCUUCAGCACCACAAGAACUUACGACCACGCAAAAAGAGGCGGUUAAAUCAGACGAUUUGAUUCAGACUUACUUAUCUAACCGCGAAAGGCUUCGGAGCGAUAUCAUAUCGCAGUACGGGCAAUUAAAGAAUGCAAAAGCAUCUGGUGACAACCGUUUUCAUGAAGUGCAAAGACUAGGAAACAAGAUCAAAGCAAGAAGAAGAAGACUAUGCCACAAAGCUUUAGUGGCUGUUCGUCGCGAGUUCUUUGAGCAAGUCAGGAAUCGGAUCAUUGAGAGCAACACUAGGGAGAAACCAAUCGAUGAUACGCCUAAAUUCUAA